AUGUCGCAGGAGAGGACGGGAGAGCAGCAGAAGCAGCAGAAGCAGCAGGACCCUGACAUCGGGCCCUUGCAGAAACUCCCGGGGUUCUCAGUGGAUGAAGCAAAGGACAAGCCACAUCGUGCCUUGACAGACGAAGAAUGCACUAGGUUGAAUCUUCCUACUGGGACUUUGCUCUUGAUAAAUCCUGAGGAGGUUCGCAACGGAGUCACUCCGGAAGUCGCCAGCACGCUCAACUUUCCGUCUGUGGAGCAGCAAGUCACAGAAUGGAUGAGGCUGAGGAGAUUGAAGCCGUGGACGGGAAGGGAGGUUCCGAGGUUCGCUUCUACAGGGCAGCCAGUCCCACCGGAGAUCUUCGUCGGCAACUUGACACAAAUACAAUCCAAUCAACCCCUUCCACAGAUGUCACUAUAUGGAUCUCAAACCUCCAUGGGGUCUAUGCCAGAGAAUCGACCAAACGGCCAACUUUAUUACGAGACGAAUCUUAUCGGGCAGGGCUAA